CGUACCGAUCGGACCGCUGUGUGUGUGUGUGUAUGUGUGUGUGUGUGUUGUUUGCGUGCGACUUCGUUUCUUCUAAGAAUUUCCUCCCUCAUCACUCACCCACCACUCACCAAUCUCACCUCGCAACCAACAUCUCACGUCUCACUGCCUUCGCCUUUUCAGCAAGACAAAUACCGACCGCCACUGUACAAUCUUCACACGACACACGGCACUCUUACUCCCCUACCGAAAUCGCCAAAAUGUCCAAGACGUUCACCACCCAGGAGGUCGCCCAGCACAAGACCGAUAAGGACAUGUGGAUCAUUGUCGAGGACGGCGUUUACGACAUCACCGCCUUCCAAUCAGAGCACCCCGGCGGCGAGAAGAUUCUCAAGCGCUUCGCAGGCAAGAACGCGACAAAGGUGUUCUGGAAGUACCACAACGAAAAGGUUCUCGAGAAGUACGGCGGCAAGCUCCGCAUCGGUACCGUUGGCGAGAGCGCCAAGUUGUGACUUCGGCUCAUUUUCCUCGUUCUGAUCCGCCCUUUGUCCUCUUUGUACCACGGUUUUCAUCAUGAUUGGCAUAUGCGUGCUUGUGGCAUUUCUUCUUCUUUCAUUUUCUUAAAGCGGCAUAGGAUGAAAUAAAAACGUCCUUUCACUUUUUAUGGUCCCCAGCUCUGUGGCUUGCAAGGACGUCGUGGGACGUCUUAGACGCCUGGUAUCUACUUGUCUCGUCACCACACCAGACAUCUAUCAAACCGUGUUAGUCAUUAGAUAUAUCUUCGUAAAACUAUGUACAGCCGCUGCCGCAGCAGCGGCCAGAGAAUAUUAUCGCUGCAAGCCCCGUGCCGCAAGCAUAUCCAACCCCAUUUGUGUGGAAAGCACAGGGUGCGCGUCUGCUUCGUGCCCGCCCCCUCCC